GCAUUAGUAGUAAAUAUUCACAUCUACUCAUAAAGAAAUUUCGCAAUGGCUAGAGCAAGAGCUUCUGCUACUUCACUUCCUCAUAUCUUCCUUCUAUCCUUGCUAUUAUUUUCUUCUUCUUUCUCAUCUGCAUCUUCUCCUUGGAAAUCCAAGAAGCAGCAUAAACCAUGCAAGCAUUUGCUCCUCUUUUUCCACGAUAUUAUUUACAACGGCAAAAAUGCAGCUAAUGCAACCUCAGCCAUCGUAGCCGCCCCGCAAGGCGCGAAUUUAACGAUCUUGGCCGAUAAAUUUCAUUUCGGAAAUAUUGCGGUUUUUGAUGAUCCGAUUACACUUGACAACAAUCUUCAUUCUCCACCAAUAGGGAGAGCCCAGGGGAUGUACAUGUAUGACACUAAAAACACCUACACUGCAUGGCUAGGGUUCUCGUUUGUUCUAAACACCACGGAUUAUCAAGGCACGAUUAAUUUCAUUGGGGCCGAUCCGUUGAUGAACAAGACUAGGGAUAUUAGUAUCGUCGGGGGCACCGGAGAUUUCUUCAUGCACCGGGGAGUUGCGACGGUUAUGACGGACUCGUUUGAAGGGGAAGUGUACUUCAGGCUUAGUGUUGAUAUCAAGUUUUAUGAAUGCUGGUAAUCAAUAUUAAUAUGUUGAUGAAUUACUUAAUAUAUGAAAUAAUGUGUAAAAUUUUAUACAAGUUGAGGCAUAAUGAGCUA